GGCAUCAGUGCACUAAGCGGAACAUUUAACCCAACAUUUCUGGCACCUAUCAGUCGGUGUUGGUAAACAAAUCCACAACCAUUAUGUAAAAGGGCCCCCUUUUUACAAAAACCAAAUGAAGCUCCUACUUUCCGUUCCCAAACCCUGCCGAAUGGCACUGAAGAGACCCCUUUGUUCUGGUGCUGGCAGUAGAUUUGAAGAUGACUUCGAAAAGCACCAUUGCCCCACAAAUUUCUUCCAAAGAUCGCUGCUCACAGUGGGCUCGGCUGCAAUAUCGAUUCUGAAUCCGCAUAGAGGCGAUAUGAUUGCCUGCCUGGCGGAGACCACUGGCGACCAAGCCUUGAGAUACAUGAAAACUUGCAUGGAACAGUCAGAAGAGGGACAGCAGAUAUUGAGGGAUCGACCGAGAAUAAACACCACCACUGUAGACUUGGACAAGUUGCAUAAAUUACCAGCAGAUACUCUAGGAGGCGCCUACUACAGCUUCCUGGUCAAGAACAGAGUUACUCCAGAUAGUAGGAUGACUGUCCAAUUCGUGGAUAAUAUAGAACUUGCUUAUGUGGUGCAAAGAUAUCGAGAAGCACAUGAUUUGAUUCACACCGUUCUGCAGAUGCCCACGAACAUGUUGGGCGAAGUUACAGUGAAGUGGGUGGAGGCGCUGCAGUUUAAAUUGCCCAUGUGCAUCAGUGGGGCGGUUUUUGGGCCUCUGAGGCUCAAAACUAAGCAUAGACAGUUGUAUUUGAGUAGCUAUUUGCCCUGGGCGCUCAAAACUGGCCAAUCUGCUGAGUUUUUGCUGAACAUUUACUUUGAGAAAAGGUGGCAGCAACCACUAACUGAGUUCUACCAGGAGGUCAAUAUCCAACCGUUGGUGUUAAACCAAUAAUGACACAAUAAUAUUUUAAUAGGGAAAGGUGUACUACUUACAUCCUAAUAGAGUCUUUCCAUUAUUGAAAAUACAUGGCAAAUAAAUACAGCUAAUUAUUGCA